AUGCAAACAGAACAAGACCUCGAACCCCAAAAACAAGAAUCCAACCCGCAAAUCAAUUCUCCCCACGACUCAGAUGACGAAGAAUUAGCGCUGAAACCCCAGCCUUCAAAUUCCUAUGACAUCCCAACAUGGCGCAAAUGCCUCAUCCUCUUCGUCGUCAGCUGGAUGACCCUCGCCGUGACUUGCUCCAGUACUUCUCUGUUACCCGCAACACCAGAGAUCGCAACCGAGUUCUCAACCACGUCGGAGAUUCUUAAUGUCACUAAUGCGGGCGUGUUGAUUGCCAUGGGUUUUUCGUCGUGUAUUUGGGGUCCUCUCACCAACCUCUUUGGGCGGAGGAAUGCUUAUAAUGCUGCUAUUCUUGUGCUUUGUGCUUGCUCCGCUGGCACGGCUGUGUCGAUUAAUUUGCAUAUGUUUAUUGCGAUGCGCAUUUUGAGUGGGCUUACCGGGACAUUUUUUAUGGUUGCUGGACAAACUAUUAUUGCAGAUAUCUUUGAGCCGACUGUGCGCGGAACUGCUGUUGGUUGUUUUAUGGUUGGGUCUGUUAGUGGUCCUGCUAUUGGACCCUGCGUCGGUGGAAUUAUUGUCACGUUUGCGCAGUGGCGUAUUAUCUAUUGGCUGCAAUUUGGCAUGACAUUACUUGGACUCAUCCUCUCUCUGCUCUUUGUGCCAAGUAUCCAAGAAAAGAAGCAAAUCAGAGAUCUCGACAAGCGUCGCGGACUCUGUGAAGUGCUCGGCAUGUUCAAUCCCCUGCGCAUCUUUCGUCAUUUCAUCUAUCCCAAUGUCUUACUCGCAUGCUUCACUUGUGGUCUUCUGGCUACAUUCCAAUAUGCCAUUCUCACCUCAGCGCGCUCAAUCUUCAACCCACGCUUCAACCUUACAUCUCCGCUCGUCAGUGGUCUCUUCUAUCUUUCACCAGGUAUAGGCUUUUUGCUCGGCAGUGUUAUUGGAGGCAAGCUAUCCGACCGCGCCGUUAAAAAAUGGAUCAUUAAACGCAACGGUGUGCGUUUGCCCCAGGACCGACUCAACAGUGGCCUUGCAACGCUAUUUUGUGUUCUCCCAGCUGCCACUUUGAUCUAUUGUUGGACUCUGGAAGAAGAGGUGGGCGGGAUGGUUGUGCCCAUUAUCGCUGCUUUCUUCGCGGGCAUGGGACUUUUGGGUGCUUUCAAUGGUUUAAACACAUACUCGGCUGAGAUGAUCCCGCAACACCGCUCAGAGGUUAUCAGCUGCAAGUACAUCGUGCAGUAUAUCUUUGCGGCCGGUGCGACGGCAGCAGUUGAGCCAUUAAUUGGUGUUAUUGGUGUUGGAUGGACAUUUACGAUCUGUGUUUUCUUCGCCAUAAUCAGUGGAUUCUUGGUCCUCAUCAUCACAAAAUGGGGCAUCGAUAUGCAGCGAUGCUAUCUCGACCAGAUCCUGGCAGAGAAUCAGCGACUCAGAGAACAAUCAGUUAUUUCGGCGCAAGUGACCGAGGCAAAUGACCCUACGCGUCCAGAGAGAGGUCCCUCAAGGCAAACAGAUGCCCCAGAUGGAACGGGUAUCCAGAACCCACUUAUUGGAGAUCGGGCCUGGUUCCACCGAUACGAUCCCUCCUCGCCGCCCAUCUAUAUCGGCGAGGCAGCAUGUUCAGCAUUCGCAACUCGGUUCCGAAGGUUCUUGAUGGGCAACAGUGCUAUGCCGCAUAUCCCCAGAACACAGUAUGAGCCUGAAGAGAUCAUUGCUGCAGCCAAUGAAGCCGAUAUUCAAUGGCCGAGUCUUCAUCAUGCGCGGUUGCUGGUUCGGAUCGCAAUUCAUCAGAUUGGGCAUUUGUAUCACCUUAUGAUGCGCAAGUCGACGUUGGAUAAACUGGAGGAGAUAUAUCAGAAGAAAGAGUUUGAUUGCACUGCUAAUAAGUGCAAGUUCUUUGCACUUUUCGCCUUUGGGCAGGCAUAUUCCAUUCGAUCUGAGCCGAAUUCCGGGUCGAGAGUACCUGGCACGUCGUACUUUGCUCGAUCCAUGGGAUUGGUUCAGAUUUUGCCGGAGAGAACAAGUAUCACACACCUGGAAACGUUGCUUUUGCUGGGGCUCUUUUCAUACUAUCUCAACCGGCGACACUCUGCAUAUAUCCUAAUAGGAAAUGCCAUGCGAAUGGGCCUAACCAUCGGACUCAACCACAACAUCCCAGAAUCCCAGCUUAUAGACCCAGUCGAACGCCAACACCGCAUCAGAAUCUGGUGGACCAUCUACAUGUUCGACCGAAUGUGGGGAUCAAAAAUGGGCCUCCCAAUGCAGAUCCUAGACGAAGACAUCCAUGUCGACAUGCCAUCAACAAUAUCUCCACGCUGGCGCCACGAAGAAGAACUCUCCGACACAGACUACAUGACAGCGAACAUCAAGCUCGCCCGAAUAGUCGGCGAAACCAUAACAAAGCUCUACAGCCGGCGCAAAUACCAAGAAACAUUCCUACAGCGUGUGCAGAAACUCCUCAAAGCUCUAAAGAACUGGGUCGAAACCCUCCCGGAAUCUCUCAAGCUCAACAUGGAAGACCUAGAAUCAAGCAAGAAACCCAUCGUCUCACUGCAUAUGGCGUUUAACCAAUGCAUCAUCCUAACGACGCGUCCAACUCUGCUUCACCUCCUAAUGACAUUACGACAACAUCAAUCUGUUGUCAACCCGUCAUCGUCAUCCAGGCCUGUAGCCCAUACCAACGUUCAUGGACCUUCACAUGCACAUACAAACAACGAUGCCGAGACCGAGACCGAACCACUUCUCUCUUCUGCAGCCGCAGAAGCAACAGCUACAUCUGCACCAGCACCGAUAUCAGUAUCCCAACCAGUCCUAACCCUAAGCGAAGCCUGUAUCCACGCAGCCCGCCAUUCCCACUCGAUGAUCCUGACCCGCUGGAUAAACGGCACAAUGCCAACAUUCGGCUACUUCCACGCUCACUAUCUCUUCUCCUCAGCGCUGAUCUUAGCAAUGUCCAGCUUCGUCCCAACCGGGACACCUGCAGAUAUGACCGGGUUCGAUUCUGCCUUGGAUUUAUUAAGGUCAAUGACUGAGAAUGGGAAUUUGGCCGCUGCAGAAUUUUAUCAUAAUCUCGAGCAGGUCAAGGUUUGCUUGGAUUCUUUUCGGGGUGUUGGUGUCGGUGUUGGUGCUGAUGCAGGGGGGAUGAUUCCGCACCCUCGUCGGAGUCAGGGUAAUCAUACUCAAUCGGAUAUGGCGGCUGCAGGUAGUGGUCAUGGCGGUGCGACUCUGCGACAUGCGUCAGACCCUGCAUCGGGACUAUUUGGGCCUGUAUCCGCCCCUGCAUCUCAUUCUCGAUCUGGCCCAAUACCAUCGGUGAUACAAUCGGUAUCAGCCACUACAUCCGAUCUGGACACUCUGCCCACAUCGGCCCCGACACCGCUUGGUACAUCAUCAUCUGUAGGUCCGAUCCUACCAGCGCCGAAUGAGUUACUAGGUCCAUAUGGACAAACAGUUCACAGCCAAGCGACUGAUCCUUAUAGUUUCCCUGCAAGGGAUACUGUCAGCGGGUAUACGACGGAGAUGGCGUUCCUAGAACCGACUAUGCAGGAUUUCUUGGCGCAGUCUGAUAUCGAUCUUGGGCUGUUGCAUCCUGUUGAUGCUUUCUUUAAUGAGGCGGAGAAUCUUUAUACGUGUCAUGAGUUAUGA